AACUCCUUGUCGGCCCAAAACGCUUUUAUUUGUAAAGGUGAAACCGGAAGCUGCUCUCUUUGCGUGAUCUCUCAUUGACGGUCGUGCUGAGGGACCGCCGCUGCCACAGCGGACUCGGAGCGAGCCGAACCGGCGUUCCUGUGAUGCCCCAGGGCGGGCCGAGCUGGUUGGGGUCGCGAUGCCUUACGUGGACCGACAGAAUCGCAUCUGCGGCUUCCUGGACAUCGAGGAGAAUGAGGGCAGCGGCAAGUUCCUGCGCCGGUACUUCAUCCUGGACACCCAGCAGGGCAGCCUGCUGUGGUUCAUGGACAACCCUCAGAAUCUUCCUAAAUGUGCAGAGAAAGUGGGAUCUCUCAAGCUCUCCUACAUCUCUAUGGUCAGCGAUGCCACCAAACUCCGACCAAAGGCAGAGUUCUGCUUUGUUAUAAAUGCAGGAAUGAGGAAGUUUUAUCUGCAAGCCAACGACCAGCAGGACCUGGUGGAUUGGAUCAGUGUUCUCAACAAUGCCACCAAGAUUACAGUGCCAAAGUCCGGCGAGGGCCAAACGCCGGCCCACACGGAGACGCCCCAGGAAGUGCUGGGAGCCGUGAAACCGGUCUCCUACAAGACCGAGAUCAUAGGAGGGGUCCCCAUCACCACGACGAUGCAGGAGGGGCAGAACGAGGCGGAGCGCAGCGCUUUGAAGCGGGGUCAGAAUCCCUACUUCCUGUCCGGAGGAGCGCAGGACCACGGCGCCAUCAAGGCCGGGUACUGCGUCAAACAGGGGGCUUUGAUGAAGAACUGGAAGAGGAGGUACUUCCUGCUGGAGGAAAACGCCCUCAGCUACUACAAGUCUGACCUGGAGAGGGAGGCGCUGAGAGUCAUCCCGCUGAAGGAGAUCCACAAGGUCCAGGAGUGCAAACACAGUGAGCUGAAGAUGAGGGACAACCUGUUCGAGAUGGCCUCCAGCUCCAGAACCUUCUACAUACAGGCGAACAGUCCAGAGGACAUGCACAGCUGGAUUAAGGCCAUCUCAGGGGCCAUUGUAGCUCAGCGGGGCCCCGGACGCUCCGCUUACACCGAACGCAGUUCUUCCCCAAUGUCCUCCUCCAUCUUCUAUUACUCUGACCAGGAACUACACCCACAAUCCUGCUCCGCCUCAACGGGCCCUCAGCUGCACGCUGGACCGGCAGCAGCAGGAGAACUUCCUGGGCCUCCUUCCGUGGAGGCUGAGCGGCGUGCCGGCGGCGCGCUCCCGCCUCUCGCUGCUGUCGCCAAAGUGACGGAGGAGCGCCAGCCCAAAAUGACCCCGCCGGGGUUUGUUUACGGGGAGGACCAUGGGACCGUGUACAUGACCCUGAUUUGAUGAUGAUGAUGAGUGACAAUCGCUAAAGUAGACACGCUCUUUAAACUACCUGAGUGCUUCUGGAAUCCUCCCGGGACCAUUGGACUCGUACGUUAGUGCUCGUGUGGAAUCGGACCUUCUUCGUCUGCCGUGUCCUUACUUUUGUCUUCCCAGGUAUUCAUUUACAAACGAACAAAACCCUUCUGUGGUAUUGUAAUACUGAUGUCUCGCACUUCAUGGAAGAUCCAAAGUGAGAGGCAAAUCCAGAAGCUCAGCGGGUUUAAGACGCUCUACAUUUAUAUUAAAAGCUCUUUAAUAGUCGUUAGCAUCUCUCUCUUCUCCGGUAGAAACUUAAUUUUUCAAGGCUUUAAUUUCAUGAAUUCCACUACUUCUAGUUUUCAGUCACUCUCCUCCCCUCCUGCACUGCUCGGUGUUCUGUGACCUCCAUCAGAUGUUUGUGUAUUUGUGUCACUCAUAUUGUUGAUUAGCCCACCUGUCAUUCUUCUGCUCUCUGUGAUGGAGAUCAGUUGGUUUUUUAUGUUUUCGUUAUUCACACAUAUAGACACACACACACCUUCACGUCGUUGUUCCUGGUCAAACAUCUGUUGGGUGAAGUGUCCGCGUUGUUCUUUCUAACGAGAUGAUGAAAUCCACUGAGCUGUUCUGACCCUUUUUAUUGUGAAUGUGAUUCUAAGACCAUGUGCUCCGUUUAUUAAAAGACAUUUGAAAGUCA